AUGGUGAAUUUCACCCAUCUUGCCUUUGGCCUAGCUAUGGCAGUUGCUCUUACGUCUGGCACUGCAGUCGAGCCCCGACUUGCCCAUGAUAAGGUCGUGGAAUUCCCCCAGACAGUGCCGGACGAUGUUACCGGCAAGCUUUACCUGAGGUAUAAGCCAUGGUUGUAUAUCGAGCACGGCUGCAAGCCUUUUCCAGCUGUUGAUUCUCAGGGCAACGUUAACGAUGGCCUUGGUCAGUGCGACGGAAAUGAUAGCAAUGAAUGCGACUAUGGCAAAGGCCAGGUCUAUUCCCGCAGCGCUGAGAAAGACGGCAUGUUCGCCAUCAUGUAUUCUUGGUACUUUCCAAAGGACGUGCCCGUCGUUUGUUCAGGCCAUCGUCACGACUGGGAGAACAUAGUCAUCUGGCUCUCUGAGAGAAGCGAGUCGGCUAAGUAUAUUGGCAUCGCCAUGUCGAAGCACGGCGAUUACGUGCAUUACCCCCAAGGCAGCCACGACGUUACCUGGGAAGGAGACAGACCCUUUAUUAGUUAUACUAGGGAAUUGCUGUUUGACCACCACCCGUCAACCACAACUAAAAAGGGCGAUGAGCAGCCAUUGAUUGCUUGGGAGAAGCUGACGAAGCUGGCUUGGGAUGCUCUGCAAGCUUAUAACUUUGGGGAAGCUAACUUGUCAUUCAGUGACAAGAACUUUGAUGGGUUGCUGACAAAAUCUAAGAUGCAAUAG